UUGCGUCCGCAGGCAUCGAGGAAAGCAGAGCCAAGGAGCGUGAGUCCAGGACAGAGCUAUGGCAGAAGGACGGGAAAGCCAACUGUGAAACCUAGAUCGCAGCACCGGAGACUCAGCGAUUCUCCUCUACAAAUCCCGUUUCACGCCGCUGUACGCGCAUGCCCAGUGCCUAUAUGCAUUGUCGACUGACUGACCGGAGUCUCCGUCGCGUUGACAAGUGCGGCCACGCCGAUUCUGCCACAAGGGCAUGAGAGAGCGCAUAAUCGCGUCACGGGUGCCGCUGCUGCAUAGACGGGCGACUAAAUAGGGAUGACGUCAUCGUCGAUCAUUCCUUUGCAGCUCUGAUGAGGAGUGUUCGAGACGAGAGAAGAAAAGCAGAGCGAGAAUACUAUCAACAACUGGUUGAUGCAGCAACUGAUGCUCCAUUUGGUGGCACAACAGAUGGAUCGCGUGUAGUCGAGUCACCUCUUGAAUCUAUCCUUAGAAACCACACGCAUGAAGCAUACUCGCUACACUGCACGAGACAUGUCACCAGGCAAGUGAUAGUAGACUACCAGAGAGCGUUGGGGAAAAUAGCUCUAGAGAAACAGCUGCUCACUGAGAAAACGAUGAGGAACUUCCCCCACGACCCUGACCACCCAGAGAGGCUCUCACAGCUGUUGAGAUAG